AUGGAACGCCUGCAGGUGCGCAUGGGCACCCUAAGCCUGACGAGCCCAUUUUCCAUGUUAGCAUAUCCGUUUUUACCGUGCACAGUGGUGAUACUAUCUGUUUUGUCAUUUUGCUGCGGCAUCGUGUCCUCCAAGAUCUAUGAGAAGACGACGCGUGAGGUGUUUCUGGAAGGUGGCCGGUGGGUGAGGAAGAGUGAAUGGGAAAAGGGCAGUUGGAAAACCUCCCCCGAGUGGAACGCCGGCUAUGAAUGGUGGGCGUGGUGCAUGGACUCGGUUGCUAAAGAAGCUAAGGGAGAAGUUUGCAGGAAGGAGUGGCUUUCUCAGAGGAAGAAAGGAUACACGCUGGUGCCGAGGACGAAAGUUCCAUUUAGGGAGAAGAAUGGAACGCAAUGGAUGCGCAACGUUCACUCUUUCCGUGUCCCUUCGUUUGUUGAAGUCAGUGGUGUGUUGGUGGGCAUCGCCGACGUACGGUACAUUUCAUCUGCUGAUUUCACCUUCACUGAGACAGUUGCCAAGUACAGUGCUGAUGGUGGGGAUACUUGGAAGACUAAAGUCAUCAUUGAGAACAGUCGUGUUAACACUAAUUUUUCCCGAGUUGUAGAUCCCACAGUCGCCGUCAAAGGAAACAAUAUAUUCGUUCUCGUGGGAAGGUACAACACUUCCAGUAAGUAUUGGACGUGGCAGCAUUACGGCGAAGACUGGGAUAUACUCAUGUACAAGGGUACUGUCAUCAAAGAGGAAAAAGAUGGUAAUGUAACUGCGAGCAUUACAUUUGAGGCUCCCCAGAACCUGAAGUUUCUCUUAGCAACGGUGCCCUCACCAGGUGGGCACCCCCCAUCCCAGUUUCUUGGUGGCGUAGGGAACGCUGCCGUAACGCCAGACGGCGCCAUUGUAUUUUCUGUCCAAGUCAAGAAUACAUGGAACCAUGUUGUAGGAAAACUUUUGUACUCAACUGAUGAUGGCAAAACAUGGCACUUCGGUGCGGGAGAAACACCGGUCGGUUCAACUGAAUCUUCCGUGGUUUGGUGGAAAGACAGGUUGUUAGUGAAUGCCAGAACGGCCGAAUAUGUAGGUUACCGCAGGGUGUUUGAAACGAGUGACCUAGGGAAUACGUUGAAGGAAUCCAUCAGUACUCUUUCCCGAGUGAUAGGCAACUCGCCGCUUCGUAACCAGCCUGGUAGUUCAGGAAGUGCUAUUUCCAUAACUGUGGAGGGCAUGGAUGUCAUGCUAAUUUCUCAGCCAAAAAAUGAGAAGGGGAGUUUCUCGCGUGACCAUCUCCAGUUAUGGUUAACGGACGGCACUCGUGUAUUCCUUGUCGGACAGAUAUCUCAAGGUGACGACAACAGUCCAUACAGCUCCUUACUAUACACGAGCGAUGGCAAACUUUACUGCCUAUAUGAGCAGAAAAUCGAAGAGGUUUUCACUAUUUACCUUGCACGUCUUGUGGAUGAGAUGAAGAUGAUUAAACGGGUCGUGUUGUUAUGGAAGGCACAGGAUGCUCUGUUGGUGGGUGACUGUCUUUCAUCGGUUGGAGGAACGAGACCUUGUAAGGGGAUACCAGUUGGUGAUCUUGCCGGGUUGCUUACCGGACCCGCAGUUGGACAUGUGUGGCCUGACGUGUACAAGUGUGUAAAUGCAAGUGUCAGUGGAGCUGUGGACAACAAACGUGGCGUCGUAUUAGGUGGUACCAGUGGAAGCAGUGUAGUGUGGCCGGUUAGUGAGCAAGGGCAAGACCAACGGUACUACUUUGCCAACACCCAUUUCACAAUUGUGGCGACGGUGCAGUUUGGCGCGGUGCCUCAAAGGGACACUCCAUUAAUUGGUUUUGUGAAUGGAGAAAAGAAUGCUAAUAAACUCUUUAUUCUUUCGAUUGAAAAUACGAGAUGGACUCUGAUGUACGGAGAAAAAUGCAGCGAAGGUUCUCCGGUGCCGUCAAAUUUGGAAGAGACUCACCAGAUUGCACUAGCAUUGCAAGAUGGUUUGGUUGUUGCAUACGUUGACGGCAAACUAGCGGUUGCUGCAAUUAAUGUUAGUGAGUCCGAUCGUGUCGACCUUCUAAACAUUAGGCACUUUUUCGUUGGAACCCCAGCGUCCUCUGAUCUCUCGGAUCACACAUCCAUAACUGUACACAGUGUGCUCCUGUACAACCGAAGGUUGAGCGAAGGGGAACUACAGUUGGUGUUCACCAACAGGGAGGUGAUCCGUGCAGCCAACCCGACGACGCCGCUUCCUGUGUCUUCAAGAGUCGCUGCGGGGGCUGGCAGGCAGUCACAUGACGGUGUGUUUUUUACGUUUGGUGACCAUGUUUCUUCAGUAAGAUCGAGAUACAGUGACGGGGGUAUAUUGGAAUAUGUUUAUCUUUUGUCCGUAAUUUCUUUGUGUGCGUUGACACUUUUUAUAUUAACACUCGUCUUCCAAAGACGGCGGGACGUGGUUCCUACUAAUAUUUGA